AUGUUGCAUCAGGUGAAGAACGACUGAACGAGAGACGAUGAGUGUGAUUGGAAGCAAGAGCUGUAUUUUCCCGGUGACUAGAUGUUCCCGAGAAAAUGAGAAAUCUUCUUGCUUCACUUCUUCUAUCAAGAAAUCUUCGUUUGAUCUGAGAUUUCCCAGAAGUAUGACGGGAGUUUACUGCAAAGUCUCUGGAGAAAGCUCAGGAGCUAAUGGGGUUUCUCUUAGCUCCAAGAACAAAAUGGAGGAUUACAAUACAGCUAUGAAGAGAUUGAUGAGAAGCCCUUAUGAGUAUCAUCAUGAUCUCGGUAUGAACUAUACAUUGAUAAGAGACGAACUGAUUGUUGGGUCGCAGCCACAGAAACCUGAGGACAUAGAUCACUUGAAGCAGGAAGAGAAUGUUGCUUACAUACUUAACUUGCAGCAGGACAAGGACAUUGACUAUUGGGGAAUCGAUCUAGACUCCAUUGUUAGACGGUGUAAGGAGCUCGGAAUCCGUCACAUGAGAAGGCCUGCUAAAGACUUCGAUCCGCUUUCGUUGAGAAGCCAACUUCCAAAAGCUGUUUCUUCUUUGGAAUGGGCGGUUUCAGAAGGUAAAGGAAGAGUCUACGUGCAUUGCUCAGCCGGAUUGGGAAGAGCUCCAGGGGUUUCGAUUGCUUAUAUGUAUUGGUUUUGCAACAUGAAUCUUAACACGGCUUAUGACACAUUGGUAUCGAAGCGUCCAUGCGGGCCUAACAAAGGAGCCAUCCGCGGCGCAACAUACGAUCUUGCCAAGAACGACCCUUGGAAAGAGCCAUUUGAGAGUCUCCCUGAGAAUGCAUUCGAGGACGUUGCAGAUUGGGAAAGGAAAUUGAUUCAAGAACGUGUUCAGGCCCUCCGUGGAACCUGAGAAUCAGUAGAGCUUAUAUGUAUUUAUUGUAUCAAAUAAAAGAAAUCUCGACUUUUUGUAUAUUCUAAAUAAAUCUACCGAUGGUGACGAAACCUUUUAAGCAAGAAACCUUGUUGUCAUGAACUGUAUGAUUCUUAUUACCAAGGUCUUACUAACA